AUGGUCGACGACGCUGCCCUCAUUGCGGCAGCGCAGAUUAUCGCUACAAUCGCCGCCGAGCCCAAGACUCCUCUAUCAGUCCCUGCCACCCUGACGAAUAAGAUACAAUUACCGGGUCACGACACACACGCAAAGCGCAACCUCGAGAUUGAACUCCAGAAGCUUGCACUACGAGUCAGUCACCUCGAGAACAGGGCAACCCCUACCAUCACCUUCCCCGAAACACCAAACGAAGGUACCGAAUCACUGUUUGGCGAUGACUCAAAUGGUGCCAGUCGCAAUAAUGGCGGACGGCCUAAAGGGCUGCCGCCACAAUAUGCCAGCCUGGAGACCCCCAGUGGCUUUCCUCGCCAGUUGACAAAGGAGGCCCUUGAGGGUCUCAGAGAGCACGUGGAUGACCAAUCGAAAUUACUCGACAGCCAACGCCAGGAGCUUGCUGGGGUAAAUGCACAGCUUCUUGAGCAGAAGCAGCUACAAGAAAAGGCACUCGAAUUGCUCGAGCAGGAGCGCGUUGCGACGCUGGAGAGAGAACUAUGGAAGCACCAAAAGGCCAACGAGGCCUUCCAAAAGGCUCUACGUGAAAUCGGAGAGAUCAUCACCGCUGUGGCUCAGGGAGACCUGACCAUGAAAGUGCGGAUGAACACGGUAGAGAUGGACCCCGAAAUCACGACUUUCAAACGUACCAUCAAUGCCAUGAUGGAUCAACUGCAGAUGUUCGCCAGUGAGGUCUCGCGAGUAGCCCGCGAGGUCGGAACCGAGGGAUUGCUAGGUGGACAAGCACGCAUUGGGGGAGUUGAUGGCACAUGGAAGGAAUUGACGGACAACGUCAAUGUCAUGGCUCAAAACCUCACCGACCAGGUGCGAGAAAUCGCAUCUGUAACCACUGCUGUCGCCCACGGCGAUCUAACAAAGAAGAUCGAACGCCCCGCCAGGGGAGAAAUCUUACAACUCCAGCAAACCAUCAAUACCAUGGUCGAUCAACUUCGCACUUUCGCAUCAGAGGUAACGCGUGUUGCCAGAGACGUCGGAACUGAGGGAAUUCUAGGCGGCCAAGCUGAUGUCGGGGGUGUGCAAGGAAUGUGGAAUGAUUUGACCGUCAAUGUCAAUGCGAUGGCUAAUAACUUGACGACGCAAGUCCGAGAUAUCAUUAAAGUCACAACAGCAGUAGCGAAAGGUGAUCUCACCCAGAAGGUUCAAGCCAACUGCCGAGGCGAGAUUUUCGAGUUGAAGUCAACCAUCAAUUCGAUGGUUGACCAGCUGCAACAAUUCGCCCGCGAGGUCACAAAGAUUGCCAGAGAAGUCGGAACGGAGGGUCGCCUUGGAGGCCAGGCCACAGUCCACGACGUCGAAGGCACUUGGAGGGAUCUGACCGAGAACGUCAACGGCAUGGCAAUGAACCUGACAACUCAGGUGCGAGAAAUUGCUAAGGUCACCACAGCCGUCGCCAAGGGAGAUCUCACCAAGAAGAUUGGGGUCGAAGUGAAGGGAGAAAUCUUGGAGAUGAAGAACACCAUCAACCAGAUGGUUGAUCGUUUGAGCACGUUUGCAUUUGAAGUCAGCAAGGUUGCUCGUGAAGUCGGUACUGAUGGAACCCUGGGUGGUCAAGCCCAAGUUGCCAAUGUGGAAGGUAAAUGGAAGGAUCUCACGGAGAACGUCAAUACCAUGGCCUCCAAUUUGACAGUUCAGGUGAGGAGUAUAUCUGCUGUAACGCAGGCAAUUGCCAACGGCGAUAUGACUCAGACGAUUGAGGUGGAGGCAAACGGUGAAAUUCAAGUUCUCAAAGAGACAAUCAACAACAUGGUAGAACGUCUCUCAAGCUUCUGUUAUGAGGUCCAACGAGUCGCCAAGGAUGUGGGCGUCGAUGGAAAGAUGGGCGCCCAAGCAGACAUUGCUGGCUUGGAUGGCCGCUGGAAAGAAAUUACAACUGAUGUCAACACUAUGGCCGCCAACCUCACAACCCAAGUUCGUGCGUUCUCCGACAUUACCAACCUGGCUACCGACGGCGAUUUCACCAAGCUUGUCGACGUAGAAGCCUCGGGAGAGAUGGACGAGCUCAAGCGAAAGAUCAACCAAAUGAUUUCGAACCUCAGAGACAGUAUUCAAAGGAACACGCAGGCUCGAGAAGCUGCCGAAUUGGCCAACAAGACCAAAUCCGAAUUCCUCGCCAACAUGUCGCACGAAAUCCGUACACCAAUGAACGGAAUCAUUGGCAUGACGCAACUCACUUUGGACACCGAUCUCACUCAAUAUCAACGUGAGAUGCUUAAUAUUGUUAACAACUUAGCAAACAGUCUUUUGACUAUCAUCGACGAUAUCCUGGAUCUGUCCAAGAUUGAAGCCCGACGGAUGGUCAUUGAGGAGAUUCCAUACACCUUGCGUGGAACUGUGUUCAACGCUCUCAAGACUCUCACCGUCAAGGCGAAUGAGAAGUUCCUUGACCUCACGUACAAGGUCGACAGCUCUGUCCCGGAUUACGUUAUUGGUGACUCUUUCCGCCUGAGACAGAUCAUUUUGAACCUGGUGGGGAAUGCGAUUAAAUUCACAGAACAUGGCGAGGUCAGCCUCACCAUCAAGGAGCGAGCUGAAAAGCCAACGAAUCUUGCCGAAGGCGAAUACGCCGUUGAGUUUGUAGUCGAGGAUACUGGUAUCGGAAUUGCUAAGGACAAACUGGACCUCAUCUUCGACACAUUCCAGCAGGCGGACGGCUCCAUGACCCGCAAGUUUGGCGGUACUGGACUUGGUCUUUCCAUUUCAAAGCGGCUGGUGAAUUUGAUGGGAGGUGACCUCUGGGUUAACAGUGAAGCGGGCAAAGGAAGUGCUUUCCACUUCACUUGCCGGGUGAAAUUGGCAGCCGAUGAUGCAAAGGCGAUCUCGAGACAUCUUCAGCCUUACCACGGACAUCAGGUACUGUACGUGGAUAAUGCGCAAUCUGAGGCUCGAUCCAAGAUUAUGGAGAUGUUGAACCAGAUUGGCCUUCGGCCAGUGGUUGUCGACUCGGAGAAGAGCCUGGCCCUCACUGGUCUUAAGACCGGCGGCGUUCUCCCAUAUGACGCUAUUCUCGUCGACUCAAUCGUCACCGCACGAAGACUAAGGGCAGUGGACGAUUUCAAGUAUCUUCCCAUAGUGUUGUUGGCACCGAUCGUUCAUGUUAGUCUGAAAUCCUGCCUAGAUCUCGGCAUCACCUCAUAUAUGACGAUGCCCUGCAAACUGAUUGACCUGGGCAACGGCAUGGUUCCCGCUUUGGAGAACCGAGCAACACCCUCGCUCGCCGAUAACACAAAGUCGUUCGAGAUUCUGCUCGCCGAAGACAACACAGUCAAUCAAAAGUUCGCCGUCAAGAUCCUAGAGAAGUAUCACCAUGUGGUGACCGUCGUUGGCAAUGGAUGGGAAGCUGUCGAGGCAAUCAAAGAAAGGAAGUUUGAUGUAAUUUUGAUGGAUGUUCAAAUGCCCAUCAUGGGCGGAUUCGAAGCCACCGCGAAGAUUCGAGAAUACGAACGCGGGAUGGGCACGCAUAGAACCCCUAUCAUUGCGUUGACAGCACACGCCAUGAUGGGUGAUCGUGAGAAGUGUAUCCAAGCGCAAAUGGACGAGUACUUGUCGAAACCCCUGCAACAGAACCAGCUCAUCCAGACAAUCCUGAAAUGCGCCACGCUUGGUGGCCCAUUGCUGGAGCAGAAUAGGGAGCGGGAGCUAGCUCUACAGGCAGAGGCGAAGUCUUCGACCCAUAAAGAUGAUGGCCAGGGUAUUCUGCGGCCAUCACUGGAGCCCCGGGCAUUCUCAACCCACGAUGGACUGGGAAGCAACACGGUGGAAAGCCCGGUCUUGGUGACGGAAGAUCAGGAGGAACAUGUCAACGGACGGCAAAAGCUGAAUGAGUUGCGAAGCCUUACGAAUUAA